AUGAGGUCCACUGUGCUGUUCGGGCUGCUGAUCGCCACAGGCCUGGUGGUUGCCGUGCCACGCGAGAAGAGACAGUUGGGCAAUGCCAGACCCUCACGCACCCCGCCCGUCAGGCCUACAGCGCCCGCUGUCCCAGCUGAACUGAAGGAUGGAAUUGCAGCUGCAUUCGGAGAUGCGUCCGCUCUUGAUCACUCUUCAGUUGCUAAGUUCAUCAACAGCCAGGCGAGCGAUUCUGACAUCGUCCGGGCUCUGAAAGGAGAUAUCGAGAUCAGCGCAAUUUCUAAUGACAACUUUAAAAUGAUACCAGGAAACCUGAUGACGAAACUCAACGAUGCAGAGUUUGAGAAGAUCACGGCGGCACAGAUCGUGGCCUGGCUGAAGCGCCCGAACAACCAGUACGACAUCAGGCAGCUGGAUGAGCUGUCCACCCGCGUCUCCACCGAGAAGUUCCUGGAGGUGCUGACGGCGAUGAAGGGCACAGCUGAGGCCGGAAACGCCGCCCGGCCCACCCCCGGGCUGAGCGCCGACGUGCAGGACUUUCUGGUGCGAAAGUACGUGGAGGCGAACGUGAAUGCCUCCUGCGCCGACAUGGCCACAAACCUGCAGAAAGUCUCCUUCAUGCCGCGGGGCAUGACGGUCGAGAACCUGAGGAAGCUCCGAGAGAACAGCGACCAGAACUGCGGACAGGUGGCGGAGGCUGUCUUGGACAUCAACAAGAACGGCAAGCGGUACUGCAUGAUGGCUGCCGACGCCCGGAAGGAGGUGUGCGCCUUCGCGCGCUCGGCGGCCGGAGACCAGUUUGGCACCGUGGAGAACCUGGGCAAGCUGCCGCCCUUCACGGACUGCCUGACGGCCCAGGAUCUGGAGAGCGCGAGCGCCGAUACGCUGAUCGACCUGUACGAUGACGGGUUCUUCCUAAACGUGGUUGAACUGCCCGAGGGCGGAAAUGACAUCGUCAGGCGGAAACUGGAAUCGUCAGACAGGAUGCCGAAAGGAGCUGACCUCAUCACCUUCUUCAACAACGUCACCCUGGUGGAGAAGCUGGGUCCCGCAGCCGAGGUCAUCGGAGACAUGAUCGGCGACCUGAGCCAGCUGGAAGUGCCCGCCAUGAAGAAGAUGAAGCGGACGAUCUCGGGCAGCCGCGUGUGUAACGCAGGGGAGACGGAGGCGAGCACGAAGGCACCUUCCAAGGAGGAGAAAGAGCUGGACCGGAAGCUGCUCCAGGCUCAGAUGGAGGACCCGUCCGCCGUCACCGCCGACACCCUGAACAGCCUGGCCGGGUCCCUGGCGGAGAUGGCGCCGUCGGAAAUAGAGAACCUGAACCCGGCCGCCGUGGUUGACGCCAUCAGCACGCUAGCCGAUGAGGACUUCUCCUUUGGGGAGGCGAGGGCUCUGAUCGAGAAGUACAAGUCCGGAGAGUCCGUCAGCGGAGCAUUGUCUGCAGCCCAGGUGUCCUCCCUGGGGAAACUUGCCGCCAAACUGCCCGUGGACGAGCUGGACCAGAUGUCCGAUGCCGACAUCCGGAGCUCCAUCUCCACCUUCGCCAGCGCCAAGGCCGACAUGAGCCCUGCACAGGCCAAGAAGAUCGCCAAAAAGGCCCGCAAUGGAAACCUCUUGGAUCAGCUCGGGAGCGGAGAGAUCAACAGCUUCUUCGACGCCCUUCCUCUGAAUGAGAUAGAAAGCAUCACCGAUGACAUUGCCGCUGAUGUUGCAAACGGGGACUACAGUAAAUACAGCAGCCUGCCGAUGACUAAAGCGCAGGCCAAGUCCGUGUUUGGAGUGAUUGAGUCCGGACUGAGUGGAGGGCUGGACAGGGACACUGUCAUUGAGCUGGGGAACGCGAUUGCCGGUGCCGGGGAUGACGCACUGGAUCUCAUCUCUAACGACGACUUCGCGGAGGUCGCCACAGCCAUGACUGAACAGGCUGACUUCGGCUCUAAAAUGAUCCGCAAGAUGGCGAAGCGGUUUAAGGACGAGAUCAUCACCUCCUUCGACGCGCUGACCCAGACUGACCUGGACACCAUUCCCGCUGACGUCAUCCCAGAAAUGACAGCGGAGGACCUGGAUGCCGUUCCGGCCGCCCUCUGCUCAGCCGUGACCCAGAAGGUCGCAGGCUCCGAGCGGCUGUUCGACACGCAGGAGAUCCGCCAGCAGAAGCACGCCACCAACGCGCUCAGGUGCCGGGGUAAGGAGACCAGCGGGGAUCUGGGCGAGUCUGACGUGGAAGAACUGGGUAACCUGAUCUGCGGCGCUGAGGACGCGGUUCUGGGCAGGGUGGACGCUUCAGGCGCCAGGACUGCUCUGGAGAACCUGCAGAACUGCCCGACUAAGUGCCUCUCGGAAGACAGGAAGACUAAGAUUCGGGAAGUCUUUGGGAAGAUGACAGCUGAUGCAGAGCCAGCUCAGAUUGACGUGGACUCCAUCGCUGCCAUCGGCCUGAACGCGUAUGUCCUGCCGGACGCAACCAUCGAGGGAAUCCCCAACACCGUCGUUGCCGAGGUUCUCUCCAUGGUGGAUGAUAUUGACGUGGUGAAGGAGGAGGUACUGGAACAGAUGGACAGCAGCUGUGGAAUUGACAGAACUGCGAUGUAUAACAAGAUUGUGGAGGCCACCACAGGAUCGUCCAGCGCCAGACGCAAGAGGUCAACUACAGUUUACACCUGUACGCAGGUGCAGGACCUCGGGAACGCCGCCGUGAGUCUGACGGAAGCCGAGCUGGGCGCCAUGACGUCUGCGGAGUUCACGAACUGCCUGGAGACUCUGGGCGGGCUGACCGGCUGGAGCACCGGCCAGCUGGAGACCAUGAGGGACAAGGUCUUCUCCGACAUUGCUGCAGCUGAUACCUUGACGACCGACCAGGUCUUCAAGCUGGGUAAGAUCGCCACGGCUUUCACCACCAGCCACCUGUCGGCCCUGGACCUGUCCGACAUCGACGCCGUCUACAACAUCGCCCGGCACAACGGCUACAGCGCCGCGCAGACCGAAGCCGCCUUCACCAGGUACCUGGGCAGCAGCGCGGUGUCCGGCAUCACGACCGAGCACCUGGUGGGCCUGUCCAACUUCCUGGGCGGCAUGACGGCUGCUCAGAUCGGCAUGAUCGACAACACCGCCUUCCUGGACUCUGUGGCCGACAUCGGGAACCUGACGGGCUUCAGCUCGGACCAGUUCACGGCUCUGAAGGACAAGGCGAUCUCCGCUAGCGGCGCCGUCAGCACCUGGUCAGCCGCUACUGUCCAAAACAUCGGCACUGUGGCAGCUGGUCUGAGCGAGGCUGAACUGACUGCCCUGACGGACGCCCAGGUUCCGGAGCUGACUCCUGGCGCCAUAGGACUCAUCCCUACAAGCACCUUCGCAAACGGCUUUUCCGUGGCCCACAUCAACCUGCUGAGCAUGGAGCAGGCGCAGGCCGUCACAAACGAUCAGUACUUCGCCCUCUCCACCGAGCAGAAGAACGCCGUCGACCUGGCCCAGUACGGCUCGGAUGACGUCUCCGACGCGCCCCCGCGCAGCGGGGUCAGCGCCGUACACGCAUGCGUCGUGCUGGUUUUCUCCGCUGCCUUCAUCCGCCUCCUGUGAUGACGUCAUGGCCCCUCUGACGUCACGGCCAGCCUGACGUCACGGCCAGUCUGACGUCACGGCCGGUGUCGUCAUGGUUACAUGCUGCUUUGCCGUGUGGAAAUCGUGUUUGUUUCUAAAGUUUGACUGAAAACGAAGAACUGUCUAGUCAAGUUGUUUUUUCUCUAUUUUAAUGCAACGUCUGCUCACAAACCUUGUAAGAUAUAUAAUUUUCUGU